GCGGGGGGGGUGCUCGGCUCCGGUAGGAAACGCCGGUAUGAGCACGGCGCAGGGACGGGAUGAGCCGCUCGGUAAUCCCGCCGGGGCAGGCAGAGCCCGGCUGCCUGCACUCGGUUGCCUGUAGCCGGCUGCCUGCACCCCGCUGCCGGUCCCCGGCAUCCUGGAGCCCCGGGGUUUGCUCUUUUGUCUUGAAAAUGGACAAUGUUCCCGGGAGCCGGGGGUGGGAGAUGCGGGGCUGGCAGAGCCCCCACCGGCAAACAGUGCUGGGGCGGCUCCGGGAGCUGCGGGGUUCUGCGGGGUUUGGGGUCUUUGAAAGUAUCCGUGGGCUUCCCAAGCGGGGAGGUGGGUGGUGGGGUGUCUCAUGCCCGUGCCUCGCAGCACCGCUUUGAACCCGGGGUUUAAAGUCCACCCGGGAACACAACUCAGUGGCAGAGAAAGGGUUUGAGACCUGCACCCCAUCCCUGGCCCACCGGUGUCCCCAUCCGCGGGACAGAGGCAUCACCCAUGUGGUUUGGGUACAUGGGUCCCUGUUUGGGGGCAAGUUGGGGUUCAGGAUGGGCGUUGCGGGCGGGAGAGGAGGGGAUGGUGUGGACCACUCUGGAGCACCCCGAGCACUCCUCCCUCCCAGCCUUUGCCUUGGCUCGGCCCCUGCGCCGCAGCAGCCUGGCUCCCCGGCUCUGCCCCGUGCCCUGCGCCAGCUGCCCGGGGCUGUCACCUCAACCCGCUCCCCGCAGGACCCCCUUUCUGCCCGGUGUUGCCCUCCGGCCCCCCACGAAGCCCCAGCAAGCAAUGGAGGGAGAUCUCACCCUGCAGCUCCGCAUCUUUGACCUCAACUGCUGGGCCAUCCGCUACCUGAGCAAGCGGCGGCAGGAGCGCAUCCAGCUCAUCGGGGACAUGCUGCGCCGGGAGCGCUUUGACCUGGUGCUUCUCCAGGAGGUGUGGAGCGAGCAGGACUACAGCGACCUGAAGGCGAGGCUGGGAGGUUGCUACCCCUUCUCCCAUUAUUUCCGCAGCGGGGUGAUCGGCAGCGGCCUCUGCGUCUUCUCCAGGUUCCCCAUCCUGGACACCCUCCUCUACCAGUACUCGCUGAACGGGUACCCCUACAUGCUCCAGCACGGGGACUGGUUCUGUGGCAAGUCCGUCGGCCUCGUCGUCAUUAAGAUCUCCGGGAUUGUCUUCAAUGUCUAUGUCACCCAUCUGCAUGCUGAAUACUGCCGGGAGAAGGACGCCUACCUGCCCCACCGCCUGGUGCAGGCCUGGGAGCUGGCGCAGUUUAUCCGACACACCUCGAAGGCGGCUGACGUGGUGCUGCUGGGAGGGGACCUGAACAUGCACCCCGAAGACGUGGGGAUCCGGCUGCUGCGCGGCUGGACGGGGUUGCGGGAUGCCUUUGCCGAGGCCACGCGCUUUGAGGGCUGUGAGGACGGCUGCACCCUCAUCCCCAACAACUGCUUCACCGUCAAGACAGAGCUGCUGCCCUUCCCGCUGGGCAUCCGCAUCGACUACAUCCUCUACAAGGCCAUCUCGAGCUUCACGGUGAAGUGUGAAGAGCUGAAGACCACCACGGGGACAGCCCCAGGCAUGGACAUCCCCUUCUCGGACCAUGAAGCCGUGAUGGCAACGCUGCACAUCCGGAGGCAGGGACAGGCUGCGGGUGCCACCCUCGGCACAGCUGAGGCGAUGCUGGCCGACGUGGUGACGGAGGCACGGACGGAGGUGGGCGUGGGGCUGCGGGCAGCGCAGCGGCAACGCUACUCCACGGGCAGGAUGGCCGUGCUGGCCCUGCUGCUGCUGCUGCUGCAGGCAGCGGCCGCGCUGGGCGCGCUGGCAGGGCUGGCCGCCGGGCAGCCCUUCCCCAAGCUCUCUUUCUCCCUGCUGGCCUUCCUCGCCAUCGGCGUCCUCCUCCUCGCCACCGGCCUCCACCUCUUCCACACCAUCGAGGUGAAGAUGCUGCAGGGCACCGAGGAGCAGAUGCGGAUGGCGCUGCGGGCGCUGCAGGAGCGUCCCAGCGAUGGCUGAGCUGGGGCCGUGGGUGUCCCGUGAUGUCCCCCCCGGAUCCAUCGUGGCCCUUUUCGGUCCCUUUUUCUAGUUGACUUCUAGUUUUAGGUGAGCAGCGCUGCGGCUGGCUCGGUAGCGCGGGUUUGACAACCGCCUCUCUGGGUGGAAUUAAGCUUUUUGGGGCAGAUUCGUUAUGUUGACCCCUGUGGGAACCAUGACAGAGGCGGGUUUUAAUUGCUGGUUUUUUUAAUACACCCUUUCUACCUGGAGGGACCUGCUGGCGUGGGCGGGAGACUCAGCCUCCCCUUGCCUGGGGUCGCCUCAGGGGCUCCCUGUGAAAGCUGGUGACUGCUCCAGCAACCAGAUUUGACUCAUAUAGAAAAUAAAGGUGGUAUUUUAGCCCUU